ACAUUGUGCCAGUUCAGGUUGUGGCGUCUUUGUGGGAAAAUCCGCAUACCGGGAUUGCAGGCUAUUUCAUGAAAAGAGCUUUGGUUAUUUAAUGACAAGUAUUGAUCGAAUGAACUACCGGAUAAAAGUCAGCUCUUUCUACUGAGUCAACUGAGGGAGAAAAAAGAACUAUAUCUCCUGAUUCCAUUGCCGGGAGAAAGAGGGAACUUCGGCUAUUGUUUCGUUCAGAACAAGUAAAGAAGAUCGUUGCAGAACUGCCCUCUAUUGGAUAUCAUCUGCAGCUAAGGACGCAACUAAUUCAGAACAACUAUCCGUUGUAUUUUCUGGAACUUGUCAUUGAGACGUCGAGCACCUCCCGCCCCCUCGCCUCUAUUCCAAAAUACUAGAGGGGGGGUAGGCAGUGGCGAACUGCAGCACUGGGUGAAACACAGGAUUCAAGGUAGACUGAGGAUAGCCUGCUGCCUGAUUUCACCACGAUAUAAGCCUCUAUUUGGACGAUUUAUAUUCCCCCGUUCAGUCACCUAACUCCGAUAAGAACGUAUCGUCUCGGUUGUUCGGUUGUGCGUAAAUUGCGCCGUGGAUAUCUAUCCAGCUCGCCGGAGAUCUACUCAUCAGUCUACCGUUCACCGUUUCGAGUUGCGUAGUUUAGAGCUACUGAACGUAGGGAUAACUAGUCAGUCAAGUCGGCUCGCAUUAAUUCAUUAGUUUGAAAGUAGUUCCACAUCGACUUCGGGUCUCAAGGUAACGGCGUAUUCCCAACCAACGGACGGACUGGAAUUUGCGCUCGAGUUGCAUGCCUGGUCUAAAUCAUCUGGACUGAACAUAUUCCAUCCACUCAGGGGAAGCUAUCACAGAGGUCCGGAGAGUUGGAAGCGCCAUGGCGAUGUUGGCGACUGUUUGGAUAGUCCUUCUGGCUGUCAAUAUACAAGCUGGAGAUGGACAGAGUGUCCAGAUGGACUCCAUUAAGUCAGGCUUCGUGGGCUCCCAGGUGGAGCUGCGUUGUAUCUUCGUUAAUUCCAACCCUCCAGUCAAGAUCUCUCAGGUGACGUGGCAGAAGUUCCUGAACGGCACCAAACAGAACGUGGCCAUCGCCAACCCGUCGCUGGGGGUGUCCGUGCUCCCGCCCUUCAAGGAGAGGGUGACCUUCAAGCAGGCUGCGGUCCGCCACCGCACCCCGUCUCUGGAGGAUACCACCAUCAUGUUCUCCAACCUGAGGCUGUCUGAUGAGGCCGCAUACAUCUGCGAGUACACCACCUUCCCUGCUGGGAACCGAGAGAACAUGGUCAACCUCACCGUGUUUGCGCGACCUCUGACCCGAAUGACCUUGACCACGCCUACCAUCGUGGCCCGCCCCCAGAAGCGUAAGAUGACUGUGGCGACAUGCCUCUCGGCCAAUGGGAAGCCUCAGAGUGUGAUCAAGUGGGACACGAGGCUGAAGGGUGAGGCCACGUUCCAGGAGACGCAGAACAGCAACGGCACGGUGACCGUCCGCAGUAACUAUGUGGUCGUGCCGAGCAGAGAGACACACAAACAGAAACUCACCUGCAUCGUAACCUACCGCAACGAGAGGAUUACAGACAGUGUCGUGCUCAACGUGCAGUAUGAACCGGAGGUGAAGAUCGAGGGUUUUGAUGGUAACUGGUACCUGAACCGUCAGGACGUCAGCCUCACCUGCAACACUGACGCUAACCCCCCUGUCACCGUCUACCAGUGGAAACUGUUGAAUGGAUCUCUUCCCAGCACCGUGGAGAUUCGUAACAACUCUCUGAUCUUCAAGGGGGCGGUGACCUAUGAGCUAGCUGGAACAUACGUGUGUGAUGCCACCAAUGGGAUCGGGACUCGUACAGGUCUGGUGGAGGUUAACGUCACUGAAUUCCCUAACAACCCGCCACCUGGGGGCCGUGAGAUCCCGCAGGAGCAGCACAAUGCGGGUGCCGUCAUCGGGGGCGCCGUGGGCGGGGUCGUCCUGUUAGCGGCGGCCGCCACCCUGCUCUUUGUAUUCCUGCGCCGCCGCCAGCGCACCUUCAAGGGCGACUACAGCACCAAGAAACAGGUGUUUGGGAACGGCUACAGCAAGGCCGGGGGCCUGCCAGCCCACCCUCCCAUCCCCAACAACCUACAGUACCCAGACGACUCAGAUGACGAGAAGAAGCCUACCCAGAUCGCUGUGACCGGAGGGUUCGAGGCGAGCGAGCGUGAUUUUGACGGAGACACGGAGGACUUGAAGAGGCCCUAUUUCACAGUGGACGAAGGAGAGAGUCAAGAUUAUGAUGAACGGACUCUCGCUUUCCAGUACAACCCCGGGCCGGAUAUAGCCGAUGAUAUGGUGUCCCAAACCGAUGGCUCUGUCAUUUCAAAGAAAGAGUGGUAUGUGUAGGGGCGUGCAACAAACAACCAAACCAACCAAGCUCCCGUCCCACCCACCUACCAUCGCACUAGCACCACCACUACCAUCACUACUACCACCACACCACCACCCCUACCACCACCACCACCUCUACUUCCACCACCACCACCAC